UCGCAUCACUGGUUUGCAGUGACGUUGAUGUACACGUGGUAAAUACUAUUGAAAUUGGUGAAUGAAAAUUGGUGAAUAUCAUUAUGGAUGGACCAGCGUUUGCAGUAUUAAAGUUUGCACGCGAGAAUGAUAAAAGUGAUGAGGAAGAAAUUAAUUAUGAGAUUGGCCUUACCAAAUGGCUAACUGAUAUUGAUGAUGAACUGAAAGAUUUCACCUAUUGGCCUUUAUCUGAUCAAGAUGUUGGCAAUUUUGUUAAAAAGGAAAAAGCAGUAGACCGAUCUUGGCCAAAGUAUUCAAUUGAGGUCUUAAGGUAUUACGAUCUCUAUAUAAAAGUAAGAGCUGCUGUUAGAGGUUUUGUAGCAGAAGGUUCAGCCUAUGAGACUGAAAAAGAAACUGGAAGGGGAAAACGAAAAGGAGUACAAAAUAGGCUUUUUGAAGACACUGAUUCUGAUGAAGAAAUUGUAAAUCGCAGCAAGAAGUCAGUUCUAGCACCGCCGAGUGUUCCUUUCAAACACGUACCGGUCAGGAAGGAAAUAAUACAAACGUAA